AUGGCGUAUGGCGGCGGGGCAGAAGGCUGGAGCAGGGAAGAUAAGGUCGAGAAAGUGUAUGCCCAGAAGGAGGUGGCCAUGGACAUCACGGAGCGUAAGGAGCAGAUUGAGACAAUCUGUCUGCAGAUGCAGGAGACGGCAUCGUUCUUGACGAAGAUCAACGCAUCUCAGACCGCACUCCUGAUGGAGAGGGAAGAUACCGCAAACCAGAUCUCAGUUCUCUGUGAUAACUUGUCCAAGAUCAGAACAUUACUUGUUGAGAUCAGAUUCGACAUGGAGCCUAAGGAGCAGAUCGAGACAAUCUGUCUGCAGAUGCAGGAGACGGCAUCGUUCUUGACGAAGAUCAACGCAUCUCAGCCCGCACUCCUGAUGGAGAGGGAAGAUAUCCCAAACCAGAUUUCAGCUCUGUGUGAUAACUUGUCCAAGUUCAGAACAGUACUUGUUGAGAUCGGAUUCGAUGCCGCGGGUAGCAAAUCAUCUAUGAAGAAGAAGGACCUUGUGGGUAUUUAUGCCGCCAACCGCAUGCGCGAGAUGCAAGAGGAAAUCUCCAAGAAAGAGAAGAUCCGGAUCCGCGACCAGCUGCAGCUCAUCCCUCUCCAAGAGCCCGAGGAGUACAGGCUUCAUCCUCAUCAGGAGGAGGAGACGAAGCUGACGAGAUCUCUUAAGAAGCAGAUUGCAGAGGAGGAGAGCCUCUAUGCUACCUACCGUAGAGGCAGGAAGGGUUUAUUGGCUGGCUCUACCUUCGAAGCUGAAAGCAUGAUAAGUCCUAUGCAUUUUACUUUCUGCCCGCCUGGAGUAGCCUCUGAAGAUGACGUUGCAGUUACCACCGGGACCAGCUUGGAGAUCUUCUCCAUCAAGAUUGCCCAGAUCAAAGGCGACUUAAAUUGGCCUCUUUACGUGUAUGGUGUGGUCGCUGCCAGAGACAGAGUGGAUUUCAACCGCAACAUUCUCUUCAAUCGAAUGAGGAAUAAUGCCCAGAAAGUCACAGAAGCUGAUCCUUUUUUGUGCUUGACUGGUCCAGCUCGGGCAAUUUUGCCUGAGGUCGAGUUUGAAGUCGAACUCAUGGUUAAGGGCAGAACAAAGUUUUGCGACAGAGCAUUGAUAUAUCAAGCAUACCCCUACAUUCAUUCCGGUGCUGACCUCUAUAGUAUUGGCUUACACAACUGCCUAUGUGAAAUCAAGUUAAGCCUGCAGCAGCUUGUGAAUUCAGUUCAGGCUACAAUCAUAGCUGUCCAGAUCGUUAAUGCUGGCACAUGCACAUUCAAAUAUGGGGGCCGCGUUGCUUGCUCGUUGAAAUCUAAUGAAGCUAUUGUCUGUGAUAGUAAAGGCUUUUUGAUGGAAGAUCCCCCAGGAGCGGGAGCUACAUGGACCGGGCUGCCCUUUAUUGAUCCCCCAGGCACACAAGUUGUGUUGCUUGAUUCUCGUUAUUGCGAUGAUGGAGAAAUGCCAAUGAGCACUGAUGGUUACCUUGAUCUAAUGAGGCGUGUUGUUUCCGUGGAGUUACCGGUAGAUCAUUUUUAUUAUCCAGAAAAGUUAGAAGAGACCUUAAAAGUUCAGGUAGAAGCCUACUCAGAGUCUGGUGUUGUUUCUGCAAAAGGUCAUGUCAAGUUCACCCCCAAGCUUUGCAACAUAAGUAAAGCUGUAUGUGACAUUGGGGACUCCAAGGUGGAGAUCACCGUUGCUUGGUCGGUCCAUGUUGUAUGCAAAACCUAA